AUGGCUGAUGCGACGCCGGCGGAAGCAAGCAGCAGCGGCGAUGCCGCGGGCAAGAUGAUCACGUUGAUCAGCUCGGACGGGGAGAGCUUCGAGGUCUUGGAGGAGGCGGCGGCCAUUUCGCGGACGAUCAACCACAUGAUCGAGGACAACUGCGUGGAGAACGGCGUGCCGCUGCCCAACGUGCCCUCCAAGAUCCUCGCCAAGGUCAUCGAGUACUGCAACAUGCACGUCCCCAGCAGCUCCGACGCCGCCGGCGGAAGCGGUGAGAAGGACCUGAAGAGCUUCGACGCCGGCUUCAUCGCCGUCGACCAGGCCACGCUGUACGACCUCCUCCUGGCCGCCAACUACCUGGACGUCGAGGGGCUCCUGGACCUGUGCUUGCAGACGGUGGCGGACAUGAUCAAGGGCAAGACGGUGGAGGAGAUACGCAAGACGUUCAACAUCGAGUGCGACUUCACGCCCGAGGAGGAGGCGGAGAUCAAAAAGGAGAACCAAUGGGCCUUCGAGUAG